GGUCUAAGAGACAAUCGUAUCGCAAUCCAGACAGAUCAAGUAUGUUUAAUUUUAUAUCUCAAUAGCCUGCUCUUGCUGAUGUCAACAGUAGACCAGCCUACAGAUUAUCUCCACACCUUAGGUUUUGGAAUGACCACACCAGCAACCGUGGCUGGAAAAGUAUUCCUCAUCGUUUACGGCCUUUUUGGGUGUGCCGGGACUAUCCUUUUCUUCAACCUCUUCUUGGAACGCAUUAUCUCUCUCCUGGCGUUCAUCAUGAAGGCAUGCCAUGAAAGACAGCUGCGAAGAAGUGGUCUCCUACCUCCCAACUUCCGAAGGGGGACAGCUAUGUCCGGGGUGGGCAGCCUCGUAGGGUGGAAACCGUCCGUUUACCACGUGAUGCUGAUUCUGGGAAUUUUUGCUAUUACCCUUUCCUGCUGCGCCUCUGCCAUGUACACGGCAGUGGAAGGAUGGAACUACGUUGAUUCCUUGUACUAUUGCUUUGUCACGUUCAGCACCAUCGGCUUUGGAGAUUUGGUAAGCAGCCAAAACGCUGCAUACCAAAAUCAGGGAUUAUACAGAUUCGGAAACUUCGUAUUUAUAUUAAUGGGGGUAUGUUGCAUAUACUCUCUUUUUAAUGUCAUCUCAAUCGUUAUCAAGCAAGUUUUGAACUGGGUGUUGAAAAAAUUCGAGUGCAGAUGUUGCCCAAAGUGCCAUAAAUCAAGUGCCCGCCUCGGACGUCGCAACGCCAUCACCCCAGGAGCUCGCCUACGUCGGCAUAACAUCUCUAUGGAUGCUGAUGGACAGUAUGACAGUGACACCGAGGGGAGGAGGCUCUCUGGAGAGAUGAUCUCCAUGAGGGAGCUCACGGCGUCAAAUAAAGUCUCCCUGGCCAUUUUGCAAAAGCAGUUGUCCGAGACAGCCAACGGCUACCCAAGGAAUGUUUGUAUCAAUACGAGACAAAACGGUUUCUCUGCAGGGGUGGGUGCUUUAGCCAUCAUGAACAACCGCUUGGCAGAAACGAGUGAUUCUAGGUAG